CCCCCCUCUCCCCAGCAGCAGUGGUGGAGCUCCUCGAUGAUCUUGGAUCAGUGGAGAUGGGCUGAGGCAGAGAGGAGAGACCCGACGACACCGAGACCAACGACCGCUGUGUGCAGCAGCUAAAUCAGGGAAGACACGGGAAUUCUCCACAGUCCCGCUUGCACCUCGCUCCUCUCUGCUCCCGGCCCCAGCAGGCCAGGGAAUGUCCCGGAUGCGAGAUGCCUUACGUGGACCGACAGAACCGCAUCUGCGGCUUCCUGGACAUAGAGGAGAACGAGAGCAGCGGCAAGUUCCUGCGUCGGUACUUCAUACUGGACACACAGCAGGGGAGCUUGGUGUGGUUCAUGGACAACCCACAGAAUCUGCCUCCUGUUGCAGAAUGUGUGGGCUCCCUCAAGCUCACCUACAUCUCUAAGGUCAGCGAUGCCACUAAGCUGAGGCCAAAAGCUGAGUUCUGCUUCGUCAUCAAUGCCGGGAUGAGGAAGUUCUUCCUGCAGGCCAACGACCAGCAGGACCUCGUGGACUGGGUCAACGCUCUCAACAAAGCCACCAAGAUCACUGUGCCAAAGUUGUCUGAUGGGCAGCAGAACUCAGAGAACCUGAAGACUUUGCCAGAUGUAGUGGGGCCCAAGAAACAAGUCUCUUAUAAGACAGAGAUCAUCGGAGGAGUCCCUAUUGUCACCCAGACACAGCAGGAAGGUGGUGACGCUGUGGACAGAGCAGAGCGAGAGGCCAUGCAUCGCUCCCACAGCCAGCUGCCGUACUUCCUGGGCAGGCCCACUCAGGAGCACACCGUCAUCAAAUCGGGCUACUGCGUCAAGCAGGGAGCUGUGAUGAGAAACUGGAAACGACGAUAUUUCUUGCUGGAAGAAAACUCCAUGAGUUACUUCAAGUCAGAUCUGGAGAAAGAGCCUCUGAGAAUGAUCCCACUGAAGGAAGUUCACAAAGUUCAGGAGUGCAAACAGAGUGACAUUAUGAUGAGGGAUAAUCUGUUUGAAGUCGUCACCACAUCCAGGACAUUUUACAUACAGGCCGACAGCCCAGAGGAGAUGCACAGCUGGAUCAAGGCUGUCUCAGGGGCCAUUGUGGCCCAGCGGGGGCCUGGGAGGUCUGCAGCCACAAUGCGGCAGGCCAGACGGCUGUCGAACCCCUGUAUACAGAGGUAUACAUCCCGAAUCGGGGAGUGCAGCAGCACGAACACGGCAGCCGUCCCACUUUCUACCGCAGCCCCUCGGGUCCCCCCGUCCCUCGCUCGCCCAUAUCUGCCAUGCCACCAUGCUACCCAGAGUGGGGCGCUGCUGUCACGUGCGGCACACGCCCGCAGCCUGGCAUGGGACAGCGAGCACUUCAUGAGCCUGCUGCCGCGGCCCAGUCACGGCCACACGCCAGCACGCCUGUCCCUGCAGGAGACGCGCCUGGCAAAGUGAGCCAUGAGCCACCUGCAACCACCAUCAGUAACUCUGAGGAGGAGUCACCGUGGCGACGGCGGAGCAGCUUUGAGCCCCACAUGCCUGAACCUCCUCUAGACCUGGAUGACGCUGACCUGCCCGUGAGCGAGGUCUGAACUGGACGUUAGGACUUGCACAUCUGGGUGAUGUUGACCAAGAGUUCAUGGACAAAUGGGAAACUUUUGGACAGGUGUGUUUCAAACCAAAGCUGUUGGCAGAUAACGAUGUACCACAUCACAGACUCGUGUGGAGCUCUUUCGUCAGUGUGUCAGAGAAACCACUGUCCCGUACUUGUGUGCCAAAGACGACUCUUCACCCACACUCGUACGCCUGCCUGCUGCCACGUGUACAAAUGUGUAUUUAUUUCCCAAGAGUUGUUAAACAAAACUACAACCUUUCCUUUACUUGUCCCUAACUAAUGACAGAGCUUUAUUUUAACCUGAAACAGUAUCGUUAAUGGUGUUUGUGGGCAGAGUGAACGACUUUGUGCCAAGAAAAUAAGGGAGCCUUAGUAGGAGCUAUUUCCUCACGACUGAAGAGGGUUUGAAAUGAGGACUGUAUUUGUAUCACUACUCUAACCUACUAAUUUAAACUGCGUGAUCCAUUCAUACACUCGCUAACCAAGCAGUAGUUAGGCUGUGUUAGGUAGUUGGGUGAAACCUAGCCUGAGAUGAAAUCAUCACUAAUGCAAAUAAGUAUUCAAAAUUGUGGUCUAGGAUUAGAUGCAAGAAUUUGAAAGUAUUUGUGUACGACCUGAUGUGUUAAUUAAUGCAAAACAGAUUUAUUAUGACCAGCAGAUGCAGAGCUUUUGACUUACAUCUCUUGAUUUUUUCAUAUCGGAUGGUUAACUUGGCAAAUGCUACGUCGUAAAAUCCAGAAUAUAAGUUGCACUGGUAUAUAAGUUGCUGUCUGUUUUUUGGCGGGCGACCUCCAGAAGGAAAAAAAGAUGUCUCCAUGUGUAAAGACCUUCUUCACAUUCAUCAAUGUUCAGUUCCUAUGCAGCUGUGUAGCUCCUUCUAAUACCAUCUGUUUUCACCAUCCUGAUGUCUGCCAGUAUGGUAGUCAAGCUCAGCUCAUGGUAGCGUUAACAGAUGCAGUCCGCUGCUUGCAACCAAUCCGCAGAGACUUAGGAAAUCCCCUUAAAUGCUAGUCACUGGCUUAAAUCAAACCAGCACCCCACAAAUUAUUUUUACUUUUAGUGUAUUACCGCCUUCUUUAAAUGCAUGAUUAUGAUCUAAUGAGGGAGAGGCUGUUAAAAGUGUCACUUCUAGCCUGGUCUGCCUUGCUAUGUAUCCAGCAUGCUUUGCGCAACAAAGCGGCUGCUUGCUCGUUCCAGCGCCGCCUUCUGGAUAAAAUACCAUAAUGCAAUAAAAGAUAUCUGCAUUUUACGCUGGUAUAUUGGUCGCACCAGUGUAUAGGACGUAGCUCACAUUUGAGAUGACAUAAAAAGGUAUUAGAAGUGCGUCUUAUAUCUGAAUUUUACGGUAAUGGCUGUUUCAAGCCAAAGGAACGUAGCUAUAAAACUAUAUUGAAUAGUUUAAACAUAUAUUGCUCCUCUAGUGGUAAAGUAAGGGUACUUCAAAGAAGUGUAAAGGUUUUAAGAGCUAUCACAGUACAUGCAUCACUUAACCUGAAUCAGACGCUUUACCAGCCACAUUUCAACGCAUCAGACCACACCGACUCGGUGUUGUCAGUUAUCAGGAAGUGUUCACUCGUGUACAUUUUGUUAUUCAUAGUAAUAAAAACUUCAACAACAGGGCUGGGUCAGUUUCAGAUAAGCUAUAAUAGACUCUAUGAUCUAACUGAACCUGCAGUCCUUAAUGUGAAGAUGAUUGUGCUGUGUGAACACUGUGCAGACGUUUUGGUUCAUGCGUUCAAGCUCAGACACUUCUGUAGCAUGGUAACAUUUCAGUGGUUCCUCAGAUCAUCCUUCUGUUUGUAGCUUUUGUUUCUCUUCAGCCGCUCUGUGUGUGUCGUGUGUGCAGAAUAGAGCUGAUUUAUUUUUUAUAUGCUUUUAGAUGUUUCCUGUUCAUAUUUCUCCUACAUGUGUUGCAAACCCAGCCUCAUAUUUCACAGCUGAAUAAUACAAACUAAUCCUUUUUUAAGUGCCUAUUUUAUUUCAGUCCAACAACUUCUUGCUAUUUCACCUAAUUUUUCUUUUUAGUCUGGUGUAAUCGGUUUGAAAUGUUUUUAUUUAUUAUGUGGUUGAACUUGAAUGAAUUAAACACUGAAAAUUUC